AUGUCGCCUGCCGCACCCCCACCAACACCACAGGAAAUCCAGCGGAAGCUCUCAGUGCACUCCGUCUCAAGGCCAAAGCCCACGAACCUCACAGUUGGCCCCGUGUCGGGCACAGAGUCGGACUCGGACUCGGUCAUGACCCCAGAUGUUGCGACAACGCCGAUGGGCGGGCAUACGACGGCCGUGCAUGUCGGGGCGUCGUCGGUGCAGCCGCCGCUGUCGUCUAUCGCUGAGAGGAGGUCAGACAGUGGCGAGGACUCGGAGGACGACGAAGAUGUUCCAGAGGGCGGGUGGAAGGCGGCGGAGGCUCGCGCGCGUCCGCGAAACUCGAUCGACGAAGGUGUCAUCAAAGCGGGUUACCUGUGGAAGAAGGGCGAGCGGCGAAAGACAUGGAAGAAACGCUGGUUCGUCCUCCGCCCGGCGCACAUCGCGUACUACAAGUCCUCCGCGGAGUACCGCCUACUACACCUGCUCGAGCUGUCUGACGUCCACUCGUGCACACCAGUCAAUUUGAAACGACACGACAACACCUUCGGGUUGAUAUCUCCUACACGCACGUUCUACCUACAAGCGUCAAACGCUCAGGAGGUGCAAGCCUGGGUCAAGGCAAUCGAGGAUGCCAGGCAGACCUUGCUGGCCACGUCGACACAGACGUCUGCGUCUGCACCGAUUCCUAUCCCACCUAGCACCAACGCCGGCUCGCGCACAGUUUCAAGAGGAUCGAUUCCACUUUCGUCAUCCCCUCCGCAGGUCUCGUAUGGACAUGCAUUUACCUCGUCGGAUUCGGAAGAUGCCAUGCCUGCGCAACAAGAACGGGUCUAUACCUCGCCGACACAAGCUGCGGCGGCCUUAUCACCGUCGAAGAGUGCUGCGCCACAAAAAGACCCAGCGAAGGUGGUCCUUUCUGGAUACCUGAUGAAGUGUGGAUCUAAACGCCGCAACAACUGGCGGAAAAGAUGGUUUGUCCUCACCGGCGAAAAACUUGUUUACUCUGGGAGCCACAUGGACACGAAACCCCAUCGACAGUUCCCAUUCAAUGAUAUCCUCGACACUCUUGAAUUCGAAAUGCCACAACACGCGUACAGACCGGCGCCAACGACGCCAUCAGUCGCAUCACCACCUGCUGUUGGAUCUCAGGAGUCAGAGAUACCCAACAGCCCACACACGUUCAAGAUCGUCACAACGAAACGCACGCUCCUCCUGUGCGCGCCGACAGAAGAGGACGAGAUCAAGUGGAUGGGCGCCAUCCGUGCGCUUAUAGCCAGGAGAGCGGAAUCAGGACAGGUCCCGGGAAAGCUGUCCAAGUCACCCGCGGGGGCGUCUGCAGCAGGACCAGGAAAUGAGACAAGCCCAUCGAGCACUAGCGCCCCCGGAAUAGCGCCCACGACGAGCUCCGGAAUCAAGAGCAAGGUCCGGCGACUGUCAGCGGCUGGGUCGAUUGGGCUAAGCGCUCAUCAUCCCGAGCAGGAGAUGCGUGAGGCGAAGACUACAUAA